UGUGAGGAAGGGUUAGAAAAUGAGUGUUCAAAGGGAUCUGUCUAUACUUUUGAUGGAAUAGAUUUUGAUGGCACAGUUACUAAGGGAGGAUACUCAAGUUACAUUGUUGUUCAUGAAAGGUACUGCUACAAAAUUCCCGAAAGCUACCCUCUUGCCUUGGCAGCGCCUUUGUUGUGUGCUGGAAUUACUGUGUACACUCCUAUGAUACGGCAUAACAUGAACCAACCCGGCAAGUCUUUAGGUGUGAUUGGACUAGGUGGUCUUGGUCACUUGGCUGUGAAGAUUGGGAAAACUUUUGGGCUUAAAGUAACUGUUUUCAGCACCAGUAUAUCAAAGAAAGAUGAAGCUCUGUCUCUUCUUGGAGCUGACAAUUUUGUGAUCUCAACUGAUGAACAUCAGAUGGCGGCACUGUCUAAAACAUUUGACUUCCUGAUUAACACCGCAUCUGGAGAUAUCCCAUUUGAUCUGUACUUGUCGCUGUUGAAAAUUGCUGGUGUUCUUGCUAUGGUGGGGUUCCCAAGUGAAGUGAAAUUUAGUCCUGCUAGCCUAAAUAUUGGUAUGAAAUGCAUUUCUGGGAGCAUAACUGGCGGAACGAAACUGACACAAGAGAUGCUAGAGUUCUGUGCUUCCCACAAAAUAUACCCUGAAAUUGAGAUAAUUCCAAUCCAGUAUGUCAAUGAGGCUCUAGAGAGAUUAGUAAAAAAGGAUGUCAAAUAUCGUUUCGUGAUUGAUGUUGGGAGCUCCCUCAAACAGGAUGGAUGAAUGUGGGCAUCUGCAGUUGUUGAUAUGUUUUGGGUUAGUUGCAAAGAAAGUUGAUGUUCCUUUCACUUGGUAUUUUAUUUCUAUGUAAUGGAAGUUCAAUAAAAGGCCAUCAUAGUCUUGAUUGAUGAAAAAAAAAA